AUGCAGCUUCGGCACGCAGCCUCCGAAACGGCCUUGAAGGACAUACUCGAGGAAGCCCGUCCUGACUUGACGCCAUUCGAGGACAUCUAUCGUGAUAUCCACAGCAAUCCCGAAUUGUCCUUCUGUGAAGAACGCACUUCUGCCAUUGCGGCCCAGCAUCUGAAAGAACUCGGCUACGAGGUACAUACACACAUUGGCGGCUACGGCGUCGCAGGCGUUUUGAAAAAUGGUGCUGGUCCGACAAUCCUACUUCGAGCCGACAUGGAUGCACUACCCGUGCAGGAGAAGACAGGACUUCCAUAUGCGAGCACGAAAGUCGCCAAAAACAAGGACGGGGUCGAGGUCCCCGUAAUGCACGCCUGCGGUCAUGAUACCCAUGUCGUCAGCCUGAUGGCUAGUGCUUCCCUCCUACAAUCCGCUAGAACUCAUUGGACAGGGACUCUGAUUUGCCUAUUUCAGCCAGCAGAGGAGCUCCUAUCAGGAUCCAGAGCUAUGAUAGAUGACGGUCUCUAUGAUAAAAUACCCGCCCCGGAUGUGGUAUUGGCAGCGCAUGUGAUGCCACUCAAAGCCGGCACAGUGAGCGUCCGUUCUGGUCGGCUACUAACCGCUGCAGAUUCAUUCAAUGUGCGCAUCUUUGGAAAAGGCGGUCAUGGUUCGGCGCCCGAGGCAUGUAUUGACCCCGUUGUUACCGGAGCGGCCAUCAUCUUGAAGUUGCAGACCAUCGUAGGGCGCGAGGUGCCUCCGGGACAACUGGCGGUGGUCACCUGUGGCUAUAUCCAAGCUGGUAUAGCGGCCAAUGUCAUCCCGGAUACCCUAGAUUUCAAGCUUGAUGUGAGGACAUGCGACGACUCGAUCCGCGAACGCGUAAUACGUGCGAUCAAGCGCAUCAUCCGCGCCGAAUGCGAGGCGGCCGGCUGCGAGAAGGAACCGCAAAUCGACCAUGUCAUGUCGACCCCGGCCACUAUCAACGACCACGCUACCGUGCGAGCUUUAUGCAAUACAUUCGGCUCUUACUUCGGAAAGCGACUCAUCGAGUCUGAUCCGGCAGGUGCCAGCGAGGAUUUUUCUUUACUCGCUAGAGCCGUGAACGCGCCGUACGUGAUGUGGACUUAUGGCGGGAUCGAUCCAGAGACAUGGGAUAAUGCAGCCAAGAAUGACACUGUGAAAGAUCUCCCGAGUAAUCACUCGCCAUUCUUCGCCCCAGUGAUCCAGCCCACCCUCCAAACCGCCGUGGAUGCCAUGUCUCUCGGCGCGCUGACAUUCUUGAAGCGAAAUUGAAUCUGUCACAUAGCACCCACCCUUCCUAAAUGUGAAAUCAAACACGACGCCAUGAACUGAAUGCCAAACAACCCACACCAUCCAUCCCCACACUAUCCCCA